GGCGAUCAAUUCGUGUUUGAACGUUCCGAUUGAAAGGUGUACCGCCUCAAGGUAGCUGUGAGCCGGGCAAGCUUUUUUUGCUACAACAGUGAUAUCGAUUCUUCGAUCCUUCGAUAGAAAAACAAGUGGUACCGGCGUGAGUUAUUAAGAUAACGUGCGUACAAGUAACACGUAUCCGUUCCGCGAAAGGUUUACUUCCGUUCCCGGGAGAUAUUCAGCCAAUUAGCCAAACUAACGACGGUGAAGAACGAACAGUUCAGUGAUAAGAGACAGUGCAAAUAUCAUCAUCUGUUUUUUUGCCAGUUCCUGGUAGCAAGUUGGUUGGAUUACACGCCCGCAGUGAAGACACCCACGUGAGAAUACCGAGAAAAAAAUGAAACUUUUGAUCCUCCUGGUGGUACCAUUGGCGUUAGUUUACGCAGGGACGGAAAAAGAAAUUAGCAGGUUGGAAAAUGCAAAUCAAAAUCAACCAGCCGAACAGACGCCCUUCAAACAGCUCGGUUCCUCCAGGAAAGAGAAACGAGGAAUCUUUGGACUCGGUGCGUAUGCUCCAGCGGCACCAGUGUACGGUCACGCCUUCGCUCACCCGGUCCAUCAGCACGUGCACGUACCGGUGGCUGAUCCAUUCGCCCCGGUCGCAUUGGCUGCCCCUGCUCUGCCCGGACUCGCUGGUCCAUAUCUAGGAUCGCAUGCUCAUACACAUACGGUGGUCACGAAGAAGGUUGGAAUUCCCAUUCCGGCACCGUAUGCAGUGCCAGUGGAGAAACCGUACCCGGUUCCAGUGAAGGUCCACGUACCAGUCCCGGUAGAUCGUCCGUAUCCGGUGCCGGUCCCACGACCAUAUGCCGUCCCGGUUGAGAAGCCUUACCCGGUACCGAUCGAUCGCCCCUACCCGGUCGCUGUGCCACAUCCCGUACCGGUGCCGGUGAUUAAGCACAUAGGCUAUCCGGUACCGGCACCCGUUCCGGUUGCCAUUCCAAAGCCCGUUCCCGUGCCGGUGCACACUCCGUACGUGGUGGAAAAGCCUGUAGUAGCGGCCGUUGCUCCUGACCCAUGGGCUACUGCUAAGCUUUGGUAAGGCGUUUGCUUAAAAAUUAGUACAAUAUUCACAAUUUCCUAAGU